AUGUCAGCCACAACCAAGAUCGCAGUCCACUCCUUAGCGGAUCUGAAGAACACCACCGAUGAUGCUCUCUCAAACUACCUCACCUCCAUAAAAUUCCAACGAUCCCACAGGCUAAUAGAUGUGCGCCUCGCCCUCGGCUACUCCGCCGUCAUCCUCGCCGGCGGCCUUUUCUACUUCGACUGGAAGCAUGGCCCGCAAGCUUCGAAACCGUACGCCGGGCCCGCAGUGGCAGCGUACUUUGCGCUGAAUGCGGUGUUCUCGUAUUGGGUGUGGAUGGUGGAGAAAGGGUGUAUCUUUGAGGGGAAUAAUACGACAGGGAAUGUCCGCAUCCUCUCCACUUCCAAAAAGUACGACCCAACCUACUACCUUUCCGUCACCUUCACAGACACCUCCGGCAAAACGGAUACCCGUGACGUCUCCGCCUCCUUCUCCCGCUGGUUCACGUCAGACGGCUACUUCGUCGCCAAGCCGUUCCAGCAGUGGCUCGCUUCCAAUGUGCCGUCCAUUGGCGCCGCAGACCCGCAAAACAUUGUUGAGGAGAUUGGGAGGGGAAGCGCGGCAGAGGAGACUGGAGGCGUGAGUGUGGAGGAGAUGCUGAGGAUAGCGGGAGUUGCGGGGGCUACGGGGGUCAAGUCGAAGGCGGGGGGAAGCGGAAGGAAGAGGAAGGGAUAG